AGUUUCCCAAAAUUUGAAAGAAAAGGAAAGAAAGAAACCUGAUCGGUGACUGUAGUUCUUCACACAAUCUUGGAACUGUCAAUUUGACGAAAGGGACAAUGCAGCAAUGCCCUAACUAAAUCCUUUCAUUAGCUUCAUUUCAUUCACUGACCAUCACUCCUUUCGAUUUUUUGCAAUCCAUUGAGCUCAAGAAAGGAGAUUAAAGCAGUAGCGGAGGCAAUGGCGAUCACUGGCGGCGGAGGCGGCUAUGGAGGAAAGAUUUUCAAGUCAAAGAUAUGACAGCCACGAAUUCUUUCACACAAGGUGAUGUUAUAGUCCGUUGUUUUGUUUGGAUUCAAUCGAAGGACAUUCAAGCUUUUUUAGGCAUUUCAACGCUGAUCGCCGGAGCUACCUUCAGUGAUCAUUGUGUGCACAUGGCGUUAUUGUACAAGAGUCUGAGUAGGAGAGUCCUACAUACAUCUGCAGCUAUGAAAAGAAGAAUCACAACAGAUGCCCGUCAGAUUUUAAUGUCUCCACCUCUCAUAUCCAUUGAUUUUCCUGAUAUUUGGACUAGUUCCAGCUGUUCUGAUUAUUCUUCCAUCACAACAUCGUAUGACAACCUACAGAAUGCAACAGUAAUUGAUGGUAGAGUGAUUGCUGAGGAAAUUACAUCAGGAAUAACUAGUGAGGUGAAGAGGAUGAAGAACUCUACUGGAAACGUUCCUGGCUUGGCUGUAAUCAUGGUUGGCCAAAGAAGGGACUCACAGACUUAUGUUCGUAACAAAAUAGCUGCAUGUGAAGAAGCUGGGAUCAAGUCAGAGAUUUCUAAUUUGCCUGAAAAUUGUACAGAAGAUCAAGUUCUUAGUGCUUUGUCACGUUUUCAUGAAGAUCCAUCUAUUCAUGGUAUACUUGUGCAGCUUCCUCUACCGCAACAUUUGGAUGAGGGGAAAAUCUUGAACUCUGUGCACCUAGAAAAAGAUGUUGACGGAUUUCAUCCGCUUAACAUGGGGAAUCUUGCCAUGAGGGGUAGGGAACCACUUUUCUUACCCUGCACUCCCAAAGGCUGCAUCGAGUUGUUGAUCAGAUCCGGUGUAGAAAUCGCAGGGAAGAGGGCUGUGGUGAUUGGAAGAAGUAAUAUUGUUGGAUUACCCACGUCUUUGCUGUUGCAGAGGCACCAUGCUACUGUGAGUAUUGUGCAUGCAUUUACUAGAAAUCCUGAACAGAUUGCUCGAGAAGCUGACAUAGUGGUUGCUGCUGCUGGAGUUCCCAAUUUGGUUCGUGGUAGUUGGCUUAAACCUGGUGCAGUAGUUAUUGACGUGGGGACUAAUCCAAUUGAGGAUCCUAGCUGUGAGUAUGGGUAUCGACUAAUAGGAGAUGUUUGCUACGAAGAGGCAUCAAGGGUUGCAUCUGCUAUUACACCAGUCCCCGGCGGAGUCGGACCUGUGACGGUUGCUAUGCUCUUACUCAACACACUUGAAUCCGCCAAACGAGCACUUAACUUUACAUAACUCGAUGUUUAUUUGGACAUGAUGUGCUCUUUCUGUGGUUUUGGUUUCAUUGACACAUUCAUCUGUUGGUGGUCGUAAAUUUUGUAGCAUCAUGACCUUGUUUCCAUGUUGGAAUUGUUCAACUGAACCAAUCAACCUUAGAGGCUUGACGAGUUGAACUUUUCCCUAUACCUUCUUUCUAUAUUUUUAAGUUUUCCUAUGCUCUCUUUCUAAAUAAAUUGCACUUCUAAUC